AGGAGCAGGAGGAGGAGGAGGAGCAGGAGGAGGAGGAGGAGUCAUGAGGCUGUCAGGGAGGGAUGUUGGACUCUGGACCAUCUGGUUCUGAGCGUCCUCCGGGUUCAGCUGCUGCUGAGGGGCGGAGCCAAAGACUCUCUGAAGAUCAUAAAGUAAUGAAACACCUGUGAGUCACCUGAGACGAAGCAGGAAACAGUUUGUCACAGACUGAUUCAGUUCACCGUCAGACUGACGACGUCCUCCAAGUUCAGCUACCAGAGAGAGAAACUACGAAGCUGCUGCUUCGACCUGCCGACACAAUCGUCAGAGACAAAAUGGCUUCCAGAUCAGAGGAGGAUCUCUGCUGUCCGAUCUGCCUCGACAUCUUUAAAGAUCCUGUCAUCCUGUCAUGUGUCCACAGCUUCUGUAAAGACUGUCUGCAGAGCUGGUGGAGAGAGAAACGAUUAAAUAUGUGUCCAGUUUGUAAGAAGAUAUCUUCAACAACAGAACCACCUUUAAACCGGGCGUUAAAGAACCUGUGUGAGUCGUUCUUACAGGACAGAGAUCAGAGAGCUUCAGAGGAUCUCUGCUGUCGGCACUCUGAGGAACUCCAACUCUUCUGUCUGGACCAUCAGCAGCCGGUGUGUCUCGUCUGCAGAGACUCAGAACAACACACCAACCACAGAUUCAGACCCAUCGAUGAAGCUGCACGACAACACAAGAAGAAACUUCAGGAAACUCUGGAGUCAUUAAAGAAGGAGUUACAGGUUUUUGAAGAAGUUAAAGUGAAGUUUGAUCAGACAGCAGAACACAUGAAGGUCCAGGCCCGACACACAGAGAGGCAGAUUAAGGAUCAGUUUAAGAAGCUGCACCAGUUUCUAGCAGAGGAAGAGGAGGCCAGGAUGGCUGCACUGAGGGAGGAAGAGGAGCAGAAGAGUCAGAUGAUGAAGGAGAAGAUGGAGGCUCUGAGCAGAGAGAUAGCAGCUCUUUCACACACAGUCAGAGCCACAGAGGAGCAGCUGAGAGCUGAAGACGUCUCAUUCCUGCACAACUACAAGGCUGCAGUGGAAAGAGUCCAGCAGCGCCCCCUGCUGGAGGAUCCACAGCUGCCCUCAGGAGCUCUGAUAGACCAGGCCAAACACCUGGGCAACCUGAGCUUCAACAUCUGGAACAAGAUGAAGGACAUGGUCUCCUACACUCCUGUGGUUCUGGACCCAAACACUGCUCAUCCAGUACUCAUCCUGUCUGAAGAUCUGAGCAGUGUGAGACGAGGACAGAGACAGAAGCUUCCUGAUAAUCCAGAGAGGUUUGAUCAUGUGUUCUCUGUCCUGGGAUCUGAGGGCUUUAACUCAGGGACUCACAGCUGGGACGUCGAGGUCGGAGACAGUACAGACUGGCUGCUGGGUGUGUUAGCAGAGUCUGUCCAGAGGAAGAGACUCAUACAGUCUGGAUUCUGGAUGAUAGGCUUAAAUGAAGGUGAAUACUCAGCAUGGUCACCAUCAGCUCCACUCACUGUUCUCGUCGUGCAGAAGAAGCUCCAGAGGAUCAGAGUGAAUCUGGACUGGACCAGAGGAAAUCUGUCGUUCUCUGAUCCUGAUACUAACACACACCUGCACACCUUCACACACACUUUCACUGAGAGGAUGUUUCCAGUCAUUAACACUGAUGCUGAAGUGAAGAUGUUACCAGUGAAGGUGUGUGUGACGGUGGAACAGAGCAGGUAGAGAUGAAGACGAUCAUUAUAUUCAUGGUGUUAUAUCUCAUUAUCACAAAUGCGUCUUUAUUAAUGAUUCACUUAUUGUUUGAUUCUUUUUCUUUCUGCUAUGAUUCAGUUUGAAUUGUUCCUUUUUGUUCAUCAUUGACAUUUCUCAUGUGUGAAAUGAUUUCUGAUCGUUACGUUUGGUUCAUUUUCAUCAACACUGAGUCAUUGACACACUUGAUGAUUUGGACUUGUGUGUGUGUGUGUGGAGCCGUGAAGAGCAGCAGAAACUUUAUGGAUCCAGAGAAAUAAUCAGGAACUUCAUGUUUGAGGUGACGAUCAGAACUGAAAUCCAACUAACUCAAUUCUGAAAUCCUGAAAUGUUUAAAUGUAUAAAAUGUUUUCACAAAAAAUCAUCAAAAUGUUUGUUGUGUUUGUUGACAUGAGAUGAAUCCUGCUGUCAGGCACUCGGUCUGGUUCUGUUGGGUUUAAUGUGACAUCUGAUGAUCUGUGCUCUGUGACCGUCUGUUAAUCAAUAAAUACUUAAGCUCA